AUAGGAACUUCAGCACUGUUUUCUCGGCCGUGGUUUAGGAUCUGAGGCUGACAAUUUUUUUCUGGUGCUAGGCUCGACUGCAAUGCACAGAAAAGGGACACCAGUUCACAUUAAACAGUGUCAAGGCGAAUGAGUUUUCCCACGUUUUUAAGAACAUCAACAUUGUAUAAACUUUAACUGUUAACUGAACUGGUCUUUAAUAUGAGGAUAAGUUUUAAGCUACCAAAAGAUAGAGUAAUGUAAUAAUAGAGGCAAAAUGAAUAAAUAAAUGAAAGAAUCCCUCAUCUGGUCCUCUCAGUCUUUUCACAUAUAGCCAAAAAUACCCUGAUAGAUGGCGCUUCGCUGUUAAAAUGUGACAGAAUUGUGGGGCAACGAUGCUUCGGAACUCAGCUAAUCAGACCAUAGGAACAGAGGAAUCAUUUCAUUGGUUCUUUGAACCUAUGAAAAAGGGGAAAAAGAGAAAGAAGGGAAUUCAAAUAAUAUUGAUGCAUGACGCUUAAAGGAGUUACCACGAGCCAUGGAAAGGUGAGAGUGAAACCAACUGAUGGUCCUAUCAGAAGAAGUAGAUAUGAGCGCAAAAAAACAUUUCGCUGUUUACCGCUGAGAGUUCCUCUCAUUGAACUUCUGACUCGAAACGCGUACUAACUAGAUAACAACGGGCCAAUUACAGCGACAGUGCUAUGAUGGGGAACUGUGCUUCUCUAAUCACUGCUCGCCACAUGUAGCCUAAAUAGCUGUUGUGUCCACCUCUUUUCCACCUCCAAGAGGUCUGCUCCACUGAACGGCUGUAUUUCAAGACGAUGAACAGCGGAAUUCUGAAAUGACCUUCGCCUCUCUGAAUUCACCGGUUGCACGCUCCUGGAGAGACACCAAUGAAGUAAGGACGCGCUGGGGUCGUUUUUGAGAUCAUUUUUCUAAAUGUGACGCGCCAUAUUGGUGUCUGUAAUAUGCUGCAGAGUUCUGAUAGCUGACGAAGUUUCUGCGUGCUCAGGUGGAGGAAUGGAUGAGCGUUUGUGGCCGGUCUCUCAACCUUACCCCUGGGGUUUGCGAAGCAGUGCGUCCUGACAAGACAGUGCAGAUAACUUUUUCACUAUGGAUUCACAAACACUCACAAACGCCGAAGGAGUUACGCUGUGUACUGGACUAUUUUCUUCCUUUUGCAUGAUUUCUAACACAAAAUCAUUACUUGAGGGACUCAGCUAAACAAAAUACCACAAAGGAUAUUUUUAAAGUAAUCACUCCAUUCAAUUUGGUCGAUUCUCCACUUCUUGGACUGACCAAAUCCCGUUGGCUCAUAUGGGAAUGAAACACUCUUCCCGUUGUCUACUCCUUCGGAGAAAAAUGGCGGAGUCCGACAACACAGAGCAGCAGCCUCUAAGCGCAGCUCCGUCCCAGUCUCAGCCGUCUCCGCUGCCCAAGCCCGUCACGUCCCUCGAGUCUGUCCAUCACCUGCCCCGCCCCGCCCACACCCCUCACUCCACUUCCCUCACCAGCUGCCCCGGCCGCGGAAAGAUGUCCAAGUUCCUGGACCCGGAGGAUAUGACAUCACGGGACUACUACUUUGACUCCUAUGCUCACUUUGGUAUACACGAGGAGAUGUUGAAGGACGAAGUACGGACACUGACCUACAGGAACUCCAUGUACCAUAACAAGCACGUCUUCAAGGACAAGAUCGUGCUGGACGUGGGCAGCGGAACUGGCAUCCUCUCCAUGUUUGCUGCCAAGGCUGGGGCCAAGCACGUGUACGGGAUUGAAUGUUCCAGCAUAUCAGAAUAUUCAGAGAAGAUAAUCAAGCACAACCAUCUGGACAGUGUAAUAACUAUCUUCAAGGGAAAAGUGGAGGAGACUGAGCUUCCUGUGGAGCAGGUGGACAUCAUCAUCUCAGAGUGGAUGGGCUACUGCCUCUUCUACGAGUCCAUGCUCAACACUGUCAUCUAUGCCAGGGACAAGUGGCUGAAACCUGGUGGUCUGAUGUUUCCGGACAGAGCGGCCCUGUACGUGGUCGCCAUUGAAGACCGGCAGUACAAAGACUUUAAAAUCCACUGGUGGGAGAAUGUGUACGGGUUUGACAUGACGUGCAUCAGGAACGUGGCCAUCAAGGAACCUCUGGUGGACAUUGUGGACCCCAAGCAAGUGGUCACCAACUCCUGCCUUAUCAAGGAGGUGGACAUCUACACGGUGAAGCCGGAGGACCUGUCCUUCACCUCCGCCUUCUGCCUGCAGGUCCAAAGGAAUGACUACGUUCACGCUCUCGUCACCUACUUCAACAUCGAGUUCACCAAGUGUCACAAGAAAACAGGGUUUUCUACAGCACCCGAUGCUUCUUACACACACUGGAAGCAGACAGUGUUCUACAUGGAAGAGUAUCUCACAGUGAAGAGAGGGGAGGAGAUCAAAGGCACCAUCGGCAUGAAGCCCAAUGACAAAAAUGUGCGUGAUCUGGACUUUUCUUUUGAACUGGAUUUUAAGGGCCAGCUGAGUGAGGCAGCUAUCGCUCAUGACUACAAGAUGCGCUAAGCGUGCCUGUCCAGCAGGGGGCAACAGAGCACUGUGCAGCCACUCUUACCAGGGCCAGAGGCCACCGCCCUGGGCACAGGCACCCCAGAAGAAGACAGAAGAGCGGCUGAAGAUGAGGCCGAAUGUGGAUGUCAAUGAACAACAACAACAACAACAACAACAACAACAGAACAGGACCGGUUGGGAUAUACAGAGCCAAAACUCCACUGCUUCAGCCUGCUCUCUACACACACAAAAAAAGCUUCUUUUCUUGUUGGACACUUUGAAUGUAAUGCUUCACUUAUUUCUGAAUGUCACCGUCUUUAUGAAUGUUUUGAGUUUAAUUUGAGUUUCAGAGUCAGCAGGUGCUGGGCUUCGAGCUCAGGAAAGUUCUUCCAGAAAGACCAGCCACCAAUGAACAGAUCGGCUUACAUACAGAGGACUACUGUAAAACCUGCUCCAAUACCAAGGUGUGGUAAUAGCCAUUUUCACCCUCCCAGGUGGCAAGUUGUUUAUUGUUAAGUUCAUAUCUGUGGUACAUUAGCUUUCAGGGUUAUUUAAGUAGGCCUUACUCACAACAUUUCUGUACUCCAUCAGAAAGCUUUUUCAAGUGCAGUGUUCCGAUUAGGUUAGUUUCUUAGUCAUUAUUCACCAUCACUAAUUUAGUAGUAAGUAACUAAAACAUUGUCAGGCCACUAAAAAAUUAUAAAAAAAACAGCAAGAAUUAUUGUGUUCCCACAAGUGUAAUAGGUAGAGUAUUAUGUAGUAGCCUGUAUUUCAGUAUUCGACAUUGGGAUAAGCAUUGGACAUUGGACAAGGACUGUCAUUGGGAUAAGCAAUGGACUGUGGCGAACCUCAGUUAAGAAUGAAGACAGAUUGAGGGCGUUAAUGCUUCCCUGUGAUGUCAUAGUUUUGGGGAUAUUUGCAUGGUUUCUAUGUUAUUGUCAAAGCUAUGUGACCUCAAGAAUGUGUGUGUGUGUGUUUGUGUGUAUGUGUGUGUGUGUAUGUGUGAACAUGUUAUCUCUUACUGCCAAGGGAAAGCUGCUGUAGACGCAUCCAUAGUGCCCAUGCGCUCAGCGCAGCAUUGCUCAGAGUGUAUUGCAGCGUGUCCGAGAGACAGCUUGCAUUGGACAGCGUAAUACGAAAUGUCUGAGUGAGUUCAUCUGUCAGUGGUAUAUGAGAAGGGUGUGUGUGUGUGUGUGUGUGUGUGUGCGUGUGUGUGUGUGUGUGUGUGCGUGUGUGUGUGUGUGUGUGUGUGAGUGAGUGUGUGCAUUCCUUGUAUGCUUAGUGCUUACUGGUACACUCCUAUCCUGAGCUUAUGUCAACUCUCUGCCCGCACUGAGGAGUGGCGGUGGGAGAUGCGUCUUUGGGAGAUGUGUGUCUUUGGGGCGGCUGCAGGUCUGCUUGAGCUCCGACUCAGACUUCAGCUGAUCAAACAGAGGUACCUUUAGAGCGUGUUUGUGUUUAUGGACUGGACUCUGGGCUGGCCUACGGUGUAGUGUAGAGAUAUCAGUAACUUCUUCUGUGUUAUUUACUGUCGUGCUGAGUGCAUGUUUGUGCGUUAAGGGUGGCAAUAUAGUAGGUACUUUACGGAAAGGCGUCUUCUUACCCCCCUUCUCUAACAUGGGGUUUUCUUCAGACCUUCCAGAUUGUGCCUUGUAUUGUAUUAGUCAAUACCUUAUCCAUAGAAGCUGGCGCGAAGACAGACGCUUAGAUUCACAAUUUUACCUUCUCAAGCCCCAGUCAGCUUUGCAAAAUCAUUAGAUCAUUACGAUAACCAAGGCCCAUCGAACAUGGAUGCAUUCUUGAACAUGGGAACAAAAAUUGUAGUGAAUAUUCAGGAUUGAGGUGAAUUGGACCUCACGUAUGGUGACGGUAGAGUUCUAUACACGGAUUGCCGUAGACCCUGCAAUGGAUCUGGUGUUGCUGAGGUACGGACCCUCGGGACAUGCACCGGACCACAGCUAGAUCCUCUCGGAUCCGCCCAAGCCAAGCCGCUAUGGCACAGCUAGAUCCUCUCCAGGGAAAGCCCCCUGAGCCAAGACUCUAUGGCACAGCUAGAUCCUCUCCAGGGAAAGCCCCCGAGCCAAGCCGCUAUGGCGACCACACUGCUGAAAGCCACGUGCUGUCUGAUCUGUCUGAGGCUGUCAGACAUUCUGACCUGGGAUCAGUUUUGGGCAGCCUGCUCAUUAUGAUGUAAGGCCAGCAAAGCCGAGAUCAGCUGUGGAGGUGCAGGGGCAGAAAAGCAAUACGAGUGUGACACUCUACUUGUCUGUCAGUGCGUGCUUCACCUGUGGUCUGAUCCCUCUUCUGUCCUCACCUGUGUCCUUAAUGCAGUCAUCGCCAAGGGGAUGGCUGGAGAGGUGUGCUCCAGCCUCAGGAUGACAUGUCAUGCUUAAUGAAUGCUGUAUCACACACACUUCUGAACACACAUACACACACACAGUGACGCACGCUCAUUGUGUAUGUAAACAUACACACACACUCUUUACCAAAAAACAUUGUAUUCACUGGCAAGACUGACCCAAUUUUUUGUUCCAGUAGACAGUCCUGGUCGUUCUUUAGUGCUGAAGUGUGUCCGCUGUACUAGUAAAACACUUUUUUGUUAUUAAGAAUAUGGUUUAUUUGCUAUUUUAUGGUUGAGGUUAUUGGCUGUUAUCAGGUUGCUUUGUCAUAUUUUGACAUCUUGCCUUUUACUAUUAAAAAGUAUAUGAAUUUAUAAACAUAACAUUUAUUUGAACAGCAUGCCAAACGAUCAUUAAGUAUGACUAACCCUUUUAGGAGACUUUGUUGGAAAAAUGCUAGAAAUCAUUAGGGUUUCAAAAUAUUGUAAAUCACAUUUUUUCUUUAUUAGUUUUGGGCGCUUGGGCUUUAAAGGUUGUUGAAAUCAAUAGGAAUUGAAAAUGUGUGGGCAAAAUGAAUAUUAAGCAUUAAACUCUGGAAGGCACUGGCUA